GUGGAUGUGAUUUGAACAGGAGAGGGGAAGGCUUAUGAACAAAUUCGCAGACUUAAUAGAGCAAAACGUAGAAGAAUUGGCUAAACUUGAUGCGGUUGACGGCGGAAAGCUAUUUCAAUGGGGAAAAUUAGCUGAUAUUCCGGCCACAGCCAAUAAUUUCCGGUACAAUGCGGGUGCGGCUGAUAAGAUCCACGGGGAGACUCUUAAAAUGACACGACAGUCUUUGUUCGGAUACACACUAAAAGAACCAGUUGGAGUGGUUGGUCACAUUAUCCCUUGGAAUUUCCCAAGCAUUAUGUUUGCCACCAAGGUGGCUCCAUCUAUGGCUGCUGGUUGCACCAUGGUGGUCAAGCCAGCUGAGCAGACUUCCCUCUCUGCUCUGUUUUAUGCCCAUCUCGCCAAAGAAGCGGGAAUUCCUGAUGGUGUGCUCAACAUUGUACCUGGUUUUGGAUCAACUGCUGGAGCAGCAAUUGCCUCACAUAUGGACAUAGACAAAGUUAGUUUCACGGGAUCAACAGAUGUUGGGAGAAAGAUAAUGCAAGCCGCGGCCGCAAGUAAUCUCAAAAAAGUUUCCCUUGAAUUAGGCGGGAAAUCGCCUCUUCUCAUAUUCAACGACGCUGAUAUUGACAAAGCCGCCGAGCUUGCGCUUCUCGGUUGCUUCUACAACAAGAUUAAGCCCGCGUAUUAA